UUCCCGCUUCACAUCACCACUCGUAUCGGAAAAGUCACUUCACACGGCAACAAACUAGGAACUCGUCACCCACCCUCACACACGUGCGAGUGAUUCGUUGUAAACAAUACCUAGGAGUUCUAUUGUCGUUGCACUGCGUCGAUCUAGUCUAAACUAGGGAUCUAGUCCACAUUUCAGGGAUCGCACUGAUCAACACGAUAAUCGAUCAGCUGAUUUUCGAUUCCAAAAGACAGUCCAAGGUUGUUCCAUCCAUUGUUGCAUCUGGAUUUAUUUCGGAGAGAACGGCGGGAUUUUUAUGUGAAAAUUCACUGGUUGAGUGACAUGAAUUGAGGGAUCAGAGGCACCAACAAUGGAUUCAACUGAGGAGCAGACGUGCAGAUUGUGCACGAUUCAGGGGACUAACUACACACCGAUCUUUCGGAAAAGCGAGGGGAAUGUGGGGAGGAUGAUCAGGUGUUUGCCCGUUCAGAUUCGAUCGGGUGACGGACUACCCAAUCACAUAUGCCCCGGUUGUCUCGACGCCCUGGAGGUGAGCUACAACCUCCACAUCCUGUGUCUCAAAGCGAACCUCGAGCUCCUCGAGAGAUCCUCAAUCCAGAGAAGAAAAAAAUUGUUGCAUAGAGAGCGCUCCCGCCUGGAAGUUAAAACGAGGGAGAAAAAAUCGAGUGAAGAUGACUCCGACUCUGGCAAGGACCCCAUCAUCAUCGAGACCUAUCACUUCCCCGAGGCAGUGUACAACGACCUCUCGAAUCACAAGGAUUUCUCCGAGAUCUUCCAGAGGGUGCCGGAAGUCAAGCUCGAGAGGCUGGACGACAAUCUCAGUUGGAGCAGUGGCCAAGACGUCAAUCACAACGAUCUGUCAAUCGCUUUCGUCGAUACUCGGUGCAAACAGGAGCCCCUCGACAUCGAUGAGCCUGGCCCCUCUGGACACCAGGAGCAGACCGUUGAGAUGAAGGAAGAGAGUGACUCUUCGAUUUUCGGAAAUUCGAAAGUCAUCACCUUCAGAGAUCCACAACGUACCUGUAAAAACUGUGGCAGGACAGCUUCAGCGAAGGAGUUUCGUCUUAUCAAACGUAAGAACAAUCGCAUCCGAGUGCGCGCAGAUCGAUGUAAUAUGUGUGAUAACAGGAAGCCUAGAAUUUACAAUCGUAAACUUCGGACUAUAGAUCAGCCAUGCUGGAGUAUUGAGAACAGCCAGGAGCCUGAGAGCUACGAGCCCAACGUUAUCCAGGAUUUCGACGAUUUUAAGAAUUUUCAUGUGUCUAAUGAACAUUCGUACGCUCGCUUCGCUCGUUCCUGUGCUCUCAAAACCAUAUGGAAACAACAAUUGGCUAGAGUUACAUCACCCUCCAACGAAAAAAAAUCACCGAAGGAGAAACAGGUACCCCUGCGCCAUCCCUGCCUCUUCUGCGGCAAAACCUGUGUAUCUAGCAUUAGAUUGAAAUAUCACAUAGCAGUCCAACACACGCCCCCGGAGAGAUGGGAGCAUCACUGUGAUUUGUGUGGAGCAACAUUUCCAGUUCGUGGCGACUUGCUGAGACAUCAGGCGUCUGGUCACACUCACGAGCGAAAAUUCACGUGCGACGUGUGUCCCCUGACUUUUGUGUCCCAUAAGAGUUUGAUGGCACACCGAACUCUGCGACAUGUAAAUAUUCCGAAUUAUAAGAAAGAGAGUUGAAAUGAACGUUUGGUCGGUGGGGAGAAAGUUUUUGUGUUCUUGAACUGUUGAGAGGAACUCAAUUGUUCGACUUACCUUUUACUUCGGUUUAUGCACUGUAAAAAAUUUGACAUUAAAAUUUCUAAUAGAAGCUACUCGAGAUUCAAAACGUCCACGAAUUCAGGCUCAAUUUUAUAAUGCUGCAGUGAAAUUCGUUCGAUCUAGGCCAAGAAUAAUGAUUUUAUAGGAAUUCUAUUGGAAAUUCCAUUGUUUUUUUUUCAUUUCUAUUGAGGAGGAUAUGAUUAAUAAUAAUUAUAUCCGGAUAAUUUUUUCGGCAAGAUAAGUAUUUGGCAAUUUUGUAAUGAAAAAAAACAGAAUACAGAGAACAAUUUUUUUCGUUAAAUAUUUGUGAAAAAAAGUUGGG